AUGCAGGAGCCUGAGAAAAUUCCUAAACCAGCUCCCCGGCGGAUCUUCCAUGAGCGACAGAGGGUCACUGGUCUGCCUUUGUAUUUCCAAGGUUAUCUGUCGAUUCGGCGUUCAGGAUGCCAGGAAUUUAAAAUGUAUUGGACAGAACUCAGAGGAACUGUGCUCUUCUUUUAUGAUGAUAAGAAAGCCCCAACAUACUCACAGAAAUUAGAUAUAUCAGCUUUGAUCUCAGUAACUAAUAUUUAUCCGAAUGAAAAUGGCUUUGCGCAGUUCAUCCUGAUGCUGUCGAAUGAGGAACUAGAACUGAAGGCAGAGGACUGUGAAUUUGGGAAAGAAUGGAAGGGUUUUAUUCUCACUGUAACAAAGUUAUCAGUUCCACUGGAUGAGUCAUUAUCACCUGGUCAAUUUAUGAGAAUGCAUGAAGUAUUAGAGAAAGAAAGGAAAAGAAGGAUGAUGCUUAAUGACAGUUCAAGUGCAUCCUUGAAUGAAGAAAGCCCUCCCAGCAGGAACUACAGCAGUACAUCGACCACUAUGCCAAUAUGUUUCCAUGCAGUGUCUCGACAAGAAGCGAUAGAGAUGUUGGAAAAGAACCCUUCCUGCGGGAAUUUGGUCUUGCGGCCUGGCAGCAACAGUAAGAACUACGCAAUCACAGUUCGACAACUGAUAGAUGCCCCAUUCAUAAAGCACUACAGAGUAAUAACCAAAGAAGCAAGUUUUGUCAUUGAAUUGGAAAGACAGGUCACACUGAUGAGCCUUCACGAUGUCAUCAAUUACUUUGUGACCCAGACCCGAGGGAACCUGAAACCGUUUGUCAUGCCUGCGUAUGACAACAUGCUGCAGUCCAAAGGUAUGCCUACCUCAGAACAGGUGCCGAGAGAGAUCAAACAAGAAACUAUUCACAGUCCAGAAGAAAGACCACUCCUGGCCCCUGUUGCUAACCAAAUACUACCACAGAGUCAGGGAUGUACUGCCCCGCAUCAAGAGUAUACAAAGGAAUAA